AUGGCCAAAUUCAGCUUCUCCUUGCUGCUCAUCCUCCUCUUUAUUCUCUCCCUUUUGAGCAGUGUUGAGCCUUCCUUUGCCAGCCAUCCUCAACAGCCUCGACGUUCCCGGGCCCGGGCCUACAUCGAGGCCUCGUGCCAGACCACCCGUUACCCAAAGUUAUGCGUUCACUGCCUCUCCACCUACAUCAAGCCCAACAUGACCAUCCAAAGCCCACAGCAGCUGGCCCAAGUUGCCUUGUCCGUGAGCCUGUACCGGGCCCAGUACGCAAGAGCAUAUGUCCUCAAGGUGGCAAAAGAGCUCAAGGAACUGAAGGCCAGAGAAUACCAAGUUGUGCAUGAUUGCUUGAACCAGAUCAAUGAUGGUGUGGCCCAACUCAGUGAGUCCAUUAAAGAACUGCGUCGUUUAGGGCAAGCAACUGUGGGUGAUGACUUGUUCUGGCACAUAAGCAAUGUUGAGACUUGGGUGAGCACAGCUUUAACUGAUGCAUACACUUGCGUGGAUGAGCUUCCAGGGAAGAAUAUGAGCAAGUUGAAGGCCACCAUUAAAGGGAAGGUGCUGAAUGUGGCUGAGGUCACCAGCAAUGCUCUGGCUUUGUUUCAUAGAUUUGCUCAAAGGUACCGAGCUGCAAAGAAGCCCUGA